GUUUAAGUCGUUCGUUCUACAGCUUUUUCCAUUAAUUAGUGUAUUUGAAUUCUAAUUACUGGUAAAGUUAAAUAGAGCCAUUAAAUUAAUGUUGUAAAAGCAACCGCAGGAAGAUUAAGUAUCUCAUCGCUCGUAAAAGACAUUAAAUGUCUUCGGUGUCGGAUGAGGACGUUAGAAAAACAGAAGCUGGGGCUAUUGUGGACUUCAUUAAAAGUAGCGCCGAUGCUGAUGAGGAACUAUGCAAUACUUUUAAGGAGUCUGGGCAAUUGAAUGAUUCGGAAGGAUUUUGCCAUGCUGGUUAUCGUUUGGAUCAAUUUGCCCAGGAUGUAGCGGAUUUUAGUUCUCAGUAUGGCAGCGAUUACAGCAUUUCUUAUACAGCUCCAAACAUAACAGGCAGACCUCGAAAGUUUCCGGAAUAUGGUGACUUUCCAGAAACAUACGCAAUGCGCACUUACGGAGAGUGGUGGAAAAAAGCGCCAAGUUAUGUUCAAGAGAUUCAACCACAAAACUUUUCGAAAAUUCCUGCUCAAGACUUUAUAGUUUUAUAUUUCGAGGAGUAUGUUCUACCAGAAGAUAUAGUUGUAUACGAAACAUUCAACCCUGGGGCAUUAAUUCGAAUAUGGGCGUAUACCAUAACAAAGUCAUGGUUUUGUUUAUGGGAAACUGAUGAAUUAUACAAACCUCAACCACACUCUAUAAACAAAGCCCGCCGUUUUUCCCCACCAUUGAAAAAAAUAAAUUUGCCCACUAGGACUAUAAGGCUAGAAUUUAAUCAUUCGAACCUGGGUUAUUUCACGGAAAUCGAUGCUGUAUUACUAGGCGGGAGGAAGGUGAAUAUUGAAAGUGCGCAACGAGUAUUCGACUCCUAUGAACGGCAACGCAAAUGUUCGAUUUUGCGGAAAUUACAAAGAAUUCAAUUUCGACCCAAUAUUAAGGACAAUUAUCAUAACCACUUGAGAGAAUUUUUUGCCAACGAUUUAAAUCAGUUUAUAUACGUAUUAAGCAAUAAUAGAGAAAUUAUGACCGACGAGUUACAUUCCGAGGAGUGCAAGACAACGAUUGGACUCAAAGACAUGCCGUUUGAAAUUAUGUUGAAAAUAUUCAGCUACUUGGAUUUAAUAUCGCUGUUCUUAGUUGGACAAGUGUCGAAAUUCUUUUAUGACGUAUCUACUCAUCCAUUGUUGUACGGCGAAUUGAACCUAAAACCGUAUUGGCAUCUUACAACAAACGAUCUAUUAUGUACCUUGGCAAAGAGAGCUACUGUGUUGAAAAAGUUGGAUUUAUCGUGGUGUGGUUUGUUUAACACUAUUUCCCCAACUGAAUUUAAAAAGUUUAUUCAACAACGAGGAGACAGUCUAAUAUGCUUAAGAUUGGAUUCGUGUAAAAUUUUAAACGCCAGCUGUAUUGAGACAUUGGGAAUUGUUUGCGACAACUUAAGGGAACUUUCCCUUCGAAAUUGCUCGACGGAUCCCCCGCUGCUUAACUUUUCUUGUCUGGCAAAUUUAAAAAACUUGGAAAGACUAGAUUUAUUUCAAACGGUAAUCGAACCUGAAUUGGUUUUAACCAUGCUAGAAAACAAUCGAAAGUUAAAACACUUGAAUUUGGCAUUUUGCGGAAUAGCAGUUAAUAUGGACGCAGUGGCUCAACGUAUCGGCCAAUAUAAUCAUAAUCUGGUUUCU